UCCCCCGAGCUCGCUCGCUCGCUCGCAGCGGGCUCCAGGGGAUCAUUGUGGGGCCGUACAAGGCUCGCUCGGUGUUGUUUGUGAGCGGGAGCUGCCUCUGUAGGGCCCCCGGGGUCUGGGGUGCCCUGGAAGCUUCUUUCACGGGAGCGCGCUCUGUGUGGGGGUUCUGGGGACGCCCCGCCUGCCCCCUGAACAGCGCUAUGUCUGUGCUUUGGUGCCUUAGCAAUUCGGCCAGAUAAAGAGCCCCUGCUUCGGGUCUUCUGCGGUAUUUUCCACAAAUGUUUCAUUUGUAAGUGAUUGUGCAGCCUAAGCUGGAUCCGAGCCCUCAGAUUUGGAGCAACUCACUGAGAACCACCAGCAAAUUGAGAAGCACGAGGCCGCAAGAUGUCGGGGCGGAGCGGCAAGAAGAAAAUGUCCAAGCUGUCGCGCUCGAGCAGGGCCGGGGUGAUCUUCCCCGUGGGGAGGAUGAUGCGCUACCUGAAGAAAGGCACCUACAAGUACCGCAUCGGCGUCGGCGCGCCCGUGUACAUGGCAGCUGUCAUCGAGUACCUGGCAGCCGAAAUCCUGGAGUUGGCAGGAAACGCGGCGCGGGACAACAAGAAAGGAAGGAUUGCCCCCAGACACAUCCUCCUGGCAGUUGCAAAUGAUGAGGAGCUGAAUCAGCUGCUCAAAGGUGUGACUAUUGCAAGUGGAGGUGUCCUGCCCAGAAUUCAGCCUGAGCUUCUAGCCAAGAAAAGGGGUGCCAAAGGCAAAUCUGAGACCAUCCUUUCCCCUGCUCCUGAGAAGAAGGGGAGGAAAUCCAUGGUGACCAAAAAGAGUGGGAAGAAGGCAAAGUCUACCAAGGCCCGGACGUCCAAAAAGAACAAACAAAAGGACAAUGAAAAAGAAGGAGCUUCAAAUUCAGCAACUGAAGAUGGACCUGGGGAUGGUUUCACUAUCUUGUCCUCCAAAAGCCUUGUGCCAGGACAGAAGCUUUCUCUGACACAGAGUGACAUCAGCCAUAUUGGCUCCAUGAAAGUAGAAGGCAUUGUUCACCCCACGACUGCUGAAAUAGACCUCAAGGAGGAAAUAGGCAAGGCACUGGAAAAGGCUGGAGGCAAAGAGUUCUUGGAAACAGUGAAAGAGCUUCGCAAAUCUCAAGGACCUUUGGAAGUAGCUGAAGCUGCACUCACUCAGUCUAGCGGCCUAGCAGCAAAGUUUGUCAUCCACUGUCACAUCCCACAGUGGGGCUCGGACAAGUGUGAAGAGCAGCUCGAGGAGACUGUCAAGAACUGCUUAACAGCUGCAGAAGACAAGAAGUUGAAGUCUGUGGCUUUCCCCCCGUUUCCCAGCGGCAGAAACUGCUUCCCAAAGCAGACGGCAGCCCAGGUGACCCUCAGAGCUAUUUCCACCCAUUUUGAUGGCACCAGCUCUUCCUCCUUGAAGAACAUUUACUUUCUGCUCUUCGACAGUGAAAGCAUUGGCAUCUAUGUGCAGGAAAUGGCCAAGCUAGACACGAAGUAGCAACGGCAGCCAAAUGAAACUUUAUUUUUCAACAAACUUGAGUAGCAUUAAAAGCAUUAGAGGUGGGUUUUAUUUUUUCAAUGUGACGAUGAGGGGGAGUGGUAGUAGUGUGAUGUGUUGUGACUCGAUGGAGAGCUGUGAUUAGAGAUGAGAGGGGUUUAGUCUGAUUUUUUCAUGCCAUUUUUAUCACCUUAAGCAACUGAAUUAUCAUCUGGCUUCAGGAGUUUAGUGUCCUUUGUUACUUUAGAGGUUUUUAAAGAGUAACCUCAUUUUAGAUUUGUAGUGAUGAUUUCUUCACACACACACACUCGCCACUUUCAAGAAAGCUCUUAAAAAUGUUCUGCUCCUUUUUCCCCUCCCUUGAGGAUAGAUGGUAAACUUCUGCCUUCAGCCCACAGAGAGGUGAAAAGGGUUUUAGAAGUGAUGCAUGAGGAGCUUCUGUUUUGCUUUUAACUCACAAUAACCUCUGUAAUUACUGAGAAUAUUUCAUGGUGAUUUUGUUUGUUUUAUAAGAAAAAAAGAAAAA